UCAGCGUCCAUCGAAAACAUCGUCUGUUUCAGUUUCUGUGUUAUUGAAGAGUGAAGAAGAAGGAUUAACUGCAAUGGCGCAGAAUCAAGAAUCAAGCAACACUGCUGGGAAGCCCAUCCAUUGCAAAGCUGCGGUUGCAAGGAAAGCAGGGGAGCCAUUAGUGAUCGAGGAAAUCAUGGUCGCCCCCCCAAAAGCCCAUGAACUUCGCGUUCGAGUCUUAUGCUCUGCCCUUUGUUUCAGUGACAUCCAUUUCUGGAGACUGAAAGAACCUCAUGGAUAUUACCCCAGAAUUUUUGGUCAUGAAACUGUUGGGGUUGUGGAGAGUGUAGGCGAGGGAGUCGAGGACGUGAAAGUGGGAGAUACAGUCAUUCCAUCGUUUUUGGCCUAUUGCGGAGGAUGUCCUGAUUGCACAUCCCUCAAAAGCAACCAGUGCUCCAAAUUGAGAUUCGAACUGUCUCCGUAUAUCAGAGAUGGGACUAGCCGGUUUUCUGAUACCAAAGGACAGACAAUUUACCACUUUGGCUACACAUCAGGUUUCAGUGAGUACACUGUGGUAGACAUCACUCAUGUCACAAAAGUAGAUCCUGCACUUCCGGCGAGUCGAGCAUGCCUGCUUGGCUGUGGAGUAUCGACUGGAGUUGGUGCUGCAUGGAAAACAGCCGAUGUUGAAGCUGGCUCAACUGUAGCUAUAUUUGGAUUGGGAGUAAUUGGAUUAUCGGUUGCCGAAGGAGCAAGACUUCGUGGUGCUAAAAGAAUUAUCGGCGUGGAUUUGAACCCGGAGAAAGCUGAAAUUGGUAAAAAGGUUGGCGUCACCCAUUAUCUCAACCCAAAGGACCUUGGGGGCAAAUCUGCGAGCGAGGUGAUUCUUGAGAUGACUGACGGACUUGGUGCUGAUUAUUGCUUCGAAUGUGUCGGCUUACCAUCACUAGGGCAAGAAGCAUUUACUUGCUGCAGAAAGGGAUGGGGCAAGACAGUUAUAUUAGGAGUGGACAAGCCCGACUCACAGCUGAUCCUCAAUUCCCUGGUGAACUCUCAUAGUGGGAAAUCCAUUACCGGAGUCCAAUAUGGUGGUCUCAAGCCUAACAUUGAUAUUCCCAUUCUUGCAAAGCGUUACCUGGAUAAGGAACUUCAGCUGGACUUGUUUGUCACGCAUGAGGUCAAACUUGAAGACAUCAACAAGGCUUUCAAGUUGCUUAUUGAGGGCAAGUGCCUACGGACUGUCAUUUGGAUGGACAAGGAGAGGGCAAGUGCCGACGGUGUGGUUUUUGAUGAAAUAUAGUGCUAGUAGAUUCACAAGUACUAGAAAUGUUGCCUAAUAUUUUUCCUUUAGGAGUAUAAUAAAUGGCCUUUAUCUAAUCGAGAACUGUAUCUUCAUGAUAUCAAUUCUCAUUCCCCA